CGGACAAGUUCCGCCGCAGCUCCUGGUAAAAUAAGUCCACGCUUCUGAACGCUGCCAACUAAACGUGACGUGGGUACGGGUAGAAUGAGAUCACCAUAGGCAAGCGGGCUCAACAGGUUUCUUCCUCUUUGGGGCAAAUGUUGUGGAAGAAAAGAACAACCUAGUAUAGUCUCCCAACAUUUAUACCAGACAACAACAUGUUCUCCUCAACCGAGCGAGCAACUCGUCGCGCCAGCGCCGACCAGACAACCAACCACUCGGCCGCCACCAUGAAGCCCAACCAAACCUUUGGCGAACAUCCCGCCUCUGGCCCAGCACCCUCCACAGCCGGCUUCCACAAGCACGACAUCCUCAACAAGCUCGAUCCCCGAGUGGACAGCACCAUGGAUCAUCAGCCCGUCGCCGCCAUGGCCACCGCUGAGGGUACCUACGGACACGGUCCUCACGAACCAGGUUCCCAUCACCACCAACACACUGGCAUGGGCCCAAGUAUGCGCGGCGGCGCUGGUUCUUCCACCACCACCACCGGAUCCCAUCAUGCCUACAACCAACAACAUCAGCAACACGAUGCGGUGCCCGAGGGUGGUGGUUACUACGGCCCAACACACUCCUCUCGCCUAGCCAACACUACUCUCGACUCGCACGUCGACGACCCCAACCACAACAACCGGAUGGAUAAUCCGAAUAGCGACGUUCCAGUUCCUCCGCAGCGUCACCCGCACCGUCACGGGUUUCAUCACGGAGUAGACGUGGCUACCAACGCUUCUACCGUCACCGCCGCAGGGACUGGACACGGGCUCGGUGCGGUGGGGGCGCACCAUAAUAACCAACAUCUGCCACAACAGGGGCAUGCGACGACAGCUGGCUCUGGCUCUGGCUUUGGCUCGGGACAUCACGUACACGACGUGGGUGGCAGUUCGAACACAACGGCAAACUUACCGGGCCCGGGAUCAAAUACGGCCGGACCACCGCAUGGGAGUGAUUUGUUGAAAUAAACUGGAUCCGAGGGUUGAUGGUCAGGGGACUAGUCACGCUGGGUAUUGAGCUGGGGGUUGAACUAGCUUGACUAGUUGAGGGUUUGAGAGCGUUUGAGGGGGUUUGAGGGGAUUGGAGGGGAAGGAUAAGGAGUGAUGGUGAAGUUGUGAAGUGGUGAAGUCGUGCGGACAGGGAGGACAGUGAGGUCGGUGAGGUGUCAGGCGAUGAAGUUAUACCCAGUUUGUUUUUGUCGGAUUUCGGUUUUAUAGACACUGUUCAUGAGUGGGCGAAUGGGAAGAGGUUGGAGGUUCAGA